AUGUCCACAAUUACAUUUGUCACCGGAAAUGCAAAGAAGCUAGAAGAAGUGAUUGCAAUUCUUUCAGACGGGCACCCUCAAUCUGCUGAUGGUGGUUCAAAGGUGGGAAAUUACAUUAUAAAGAACGAAAAGCUGGAUUUAGACGAAAUUCAGGGAUCCAUUGAAGAAGUCACCAUCCAUAAAGCUAAGCAAGCGGCUAAGCUACUAGGGACUCCCGUUCUAGUGGAGGAUACUAGUUUGGGAUUCAAUGCUUUGAACAAUCUCCCCGGACCUUAUAUCAAAUGGUUCCAUGAAAAAUUGGGACUAGAUGGUUUAAACAAGCUUCUAUAUGGAUUUGAGGAUAAGUCAGCCAAUGCGAUUACAACCUUUGGUUAUUGUGAAGGUCCUGGUGCCGAUGUCAAACUUUUCCAGGGCGUCACUACCGGUGAGAUUGUUCCCUCUCGGGGUCCUCAGGAUUUUGGUUUUGAUUCCAUUUUCGAGCCUCAUGGAAUGGGAAAAACAUAUGCUGAGCUACGAGGUCCUCAAAAAAAUAGAAUAAGUCACAGAUCCAAGGCUCUAGCAAAGCUGAAAGAGUUUUUACUCAGCCAAUAG